CGUAUAUGAACAAUUUCUGAUAUGCUGCACUGCUUACCAUCGUUUUACAUUUGGAUGAUUUAUUGUCUUGUCCCUGGCCAACUAAGAGAUAGAUUCCUGAGACCACUUGUCGUGAAUUCUUCAUGGAUUUUACUUUUUCUUUCAGUUGUUUCCAUGUUUUUGGAUUACGAACCGUUUAAUGCAUCACUAGGAGGUUAUUACAAAUUCAUAGGUGGAAGUUUAUUAGACUUCUAGCUUCCCCCACGGAAAGGUUCGACCAUUGUCAGAGCAUAACUUCCUUGUGCGUGCUGCAUUAGAGGCUUUCAUGAAGCCGCAAGUUCGUUUCUCGUUCUACCGUGCGGUUCUCAUGAUCUAUUGAGGUUUUAUUUUAUUUCAUUUUCUGUGAAGCACUACGACGUUGCAGCUACUCACUGCUGCAGCUUCGCAGUUAUCCCUUAACAUCCAUACCAUAGUCCAUUUUUCCUCCGUCUCCCCGUCUCUGGAUCAGAUGCAUUCAGGAAGAGCGUGUGUCUUGCGGUUGCGGCAUAUACGGCCCUGUACUAUUGCCUCUUGAAAUAACAUCAAGCGUCGUCUACUAUACCUGUACGAACUGCUUGUGAAGACACUCUUACUUAGAAGUCCUUAGGUUUCCCUGGUUAUUGAGGAAAAAACAUUCUGACAUUUUCUUCAAGUAUUGGAUGAAGAUAUCUUUUGAUACAGCUCGUUUGAAUAUUCAUCAUCUCUGGCAUGUUAUCUGUCCGCAGUCCGACGAUGUUUAGCCGGUACGAUAAGCUAUAUAAAGCAAAAGCAAGUGUGCUUCCGAUCACGUCACUUAGGUAGUUGUAAUGGUAAGUGCAGAUUAUUUUUCAACAAUAACCACAUAUCACUGCUCCAAAUUCUCUUGCGCCGUAUGGAUCGUGAUCUGACUGAGGACUAGGCUUGCGAGUGUCUUCGCAUUAUUUUCCACGUAUCUCUUUCUCUGGUCUCGUACACGUCAAGACACUCGUUUUGCUGAAGAGCAUAUAUCUCAUUUUCCUUUCGUGUGGAGCAGUUUAAAGACAUUGACGGUUUUGUAGCACUGCCCUUUCAACUCCAGGUGUCUUGUGACUUCAUUGUCAUUCAGUGUCUAAAGCGUUUCGGAAGACUUACUUCAGAGCUUUUUGGAGUGUGACGAUCUGUAGAGAAAGUCUGUUUGAAAGGUAAGCGAGCUCCUGAAGUUCUGAGCAUGCAUUAUAAAACCAGACUCUGAACAUGGCUCCUUCGAUACAAGAUAAUUUUCCGUCAACACCUGGCAAGGUUAAAAUGGAGCGCAGUAACUACUUCGGGAGGGUAACAAAUCGCUGGCACACAUCCGCAUCAGCCAAAUUAUUUCUUUUUUCUGUGUUCCUCCUCGCCGUCACGAUCUUUAUCUGCUUCCGAAUUACUGCAAAUGGUAUGGUAGAAGGGUAUAUGAGUACAGCAUACACUAGCACCAACGGUGGCACGAUCCGCUCAGCUUUUAAGAGCGACAAGGUUUGGGACCAAAAAUUAUUACAGUCUUGUACUCCAGAGCGAGAUGAUGGACUGGUAGUCCUUGUGACUGGAGCAGCAGGUUUUGUUGGCAGCCAUGUGUCGCUUGCUUUGAAGAAACGAGGCGAUGGUCUUGUAGGGAUUGAUAACUUCAAUGAUUACUACGAAGUUUCUCUAAAAAGAGCUCGACAAAAGUUGUUGCUAAAGCAAGGUAUCUUUGUGAUUGAGGGGGAUAUCAAUGAUGCUGCUCUUUUAAAACAUCUAUUUGACAGGAUACAAUUUACACACGUUAUGCACCUAGCAGCGCAGGCUGGUGUGCGAUAUGCCAUGCAGAACCCAAUGUCGUACAUCCACAGCAACAUCGCUGGUCUGGUUACGCUCUUCGAGGCUUCUAAGAAUGCAAAUCCCCAGCCAGCAGUUGUUUGGGCGUCAUCGAGUUCUGUCUACGGUUUAAACUCGAAGGUUCCUUUUUCAGAGGCUGAUCGGACAGAUCAACCCGCCAGUCUAUAUGCUGCCACGAAGAAAGCAGGAGAAGAACUUGCUCACACUUACAACCAUAUUUAUGGACUUUCCGUCACAGGACUUCGUUUCUUUACAGUGUAUGGUCCUUGGGGUCGACCAGAUAUGGCCUACUUUUCUUUCACGCGGGAUAUUCUUAAAGGGAAGGUAAUUAACAUCUACAAGGGUCCGCAUGAUCGGGAUUUGGCGCGGGAUUUUACCUUUAUUGAUGACAUUGUCAAGGGAUGUGUUGCAUCAUUAGACACCUCGGGAAGAAGCACCGGAAGUGGAGGCAAAAAGAGAGGUCCUGCGCCGUUUCGUACAUUUAACCUCGGUAAUACAUCCCCAGUCACAGUACCGAUCCUGGUUGAAUACCUUGAAAGACAUCUCAAGGUAAAUGCCAAGAAGGAAUUCAUCAAGAUGCCUCGAAAUGGCGAUGUUCCCUUCACACAUGCAAAUGUGUCCCUCGCGCAGACCCAACUGGGAUACAAACCUACAACCAACUUGGAUACAGGUCUUAAGAAAUUCGUGAACUGGUAUGUUAAAUACUACGGGGUUCCGUCGACUAAAACGAGAAGCCUGUAAUCUGUUGCAGAAGAGUGUAAGCAAACGCAUUGAUGGAAUAUUUCCUGCUACCUACCCUUCUCCCAUGACUUCUGUGAACUCGGACUGUCAGAGGAUCACAAAGACAAAGAUGAGAAAAAUAUGCGGAACUUCACAUGUGAAAUGACGAAUGCUGCCAGCAUAAUCACCAAGGACCUAUGCUUGUAAUGACAAUGUUCUGGUGAGGAGUGUGUUCAGUAUCUGAAUACUUCAUUUAUUUUAUCAAAAAUGCACAGGAAGUAAACUUUGACCUGGAGUGAAGUUAGAGCCCAUAACCAAUCAUUGAGUUGACCUUGUAUUGUAAUUUUGACAUCAAAUGUACUCAUUUUUUGGGUGCCGAGUGGCGCUCUUAUAAACAAUUCAGAUGCCUAUUUACCUCUUCUAA